AUGAAGUAGCAGAAUACUUGUUUAGCAAAAGAUUUUGUAGAUAAGAUUUAAUAAUUGCAGUUGGAAAAGGAGUAGUUACUAACUUAAUGGGAUUUUAUCCAACAUAUAUAUGAGAGGGUUUUGUAUAUUUAAUUAUUCAACAGAAUAAUAUUUAUCUUGAUUCCCACAUAGAUGUUGGGAAUGUUAGAUGCUAGUGAUGGAUAAAAGACAGUUAUCAACAAUAUUUAUUGUAAUAAUCAACUAGGAGUUCUAAAUGAUCCUCAUCGAAUAAAAAUAGUGUAGUUAAUUUUUGCAAUCAUUAGAUAAAAGAAAUAUUCUAAUUAGUUUAGCAGAAAUCAUUAAAAUAACAGCUUGUUUUGA